GAUGGAGGGACAUCUGCUGUCCCCUCCUGCCUCACUUGAACUAGGAGUGGAAGCGGAGCCGGGUGGCUGGCUGAGACAGCCUUCUCUAGAAACAGCUGAACAAGCAACAGGAAAGGUUGAGGAGGAAGAGGAAAUGGUGAAACCACAGAAAAGCAGAAUAAGAGUGACCACAGCCUGUGAGCAGCCCUCAGCUGGAUGGAUUCCUUCAGCAUUACCAGCAGAUAUGGGGGGAGAAGGAAACCAUCCAGGACACACUACAGUGCUUCUGAUGUUACCAGACGGUAAGACCUUCCAACUUCUGCAACUAGUGAUGCAUAGGGAUCCUACAGACAAUGUUCUCUAUGACACAAUGCAGAUUCAUCCCCAGUGCAGGUUCAUCCUGCGCACUGAAGGAGGCUGGGGCCUUGUGGAAGACAUAGGGCUGGAUUCAACAUUGUUCAUGAAGCAGGAAUUCUGCCAAGAACCCAACCCACCCAGCGGUUCAGCACUGCAGGUGCAAUGUAAGCUGCUGCUGAAGAUGCGAACUUGCUCCUUACCUAUGUUGAAGGCCUUGGCCAGCGCAAUAAUAUUUGCAGUCAUUCUCUGGAACCUGAAUUUCCUUGGCUACCAAUCUGAGGUCCCUGGCCCAGCCCUGGGGCACAGCAAACCCCUGACAGUCCUGAUCUGGCACUGGCCCUUCCACCACACACUGAACCUCAGCACUGACGUUUGCGCAGACCGCUACAAGAUCAAGGGCUGCCAGCUGACAGGGGACCACAGAUUCUUUAACCAGGCAGAUGUUGUGGUGUUCCAUAACCGGGAGCUGCAGCAGGGCAAGGUAAGACUCCCAACAGAAAGGAGGCCUCCUGGACAAAACUGGGUGUGGGUUACCCUGGAGUCCCCCACCAAUACUAAGGCACUGACUGGCUGGAACCGAACCUUCAACUGGGUCAUGACAUACAGACAAGACUCGGACAUCUUCAUGCCAUAUGGGGAGCUUGUGCACCAUCCAUCAGCCAGCGUGGACAUUCCAGCCAAAACUGGCUUGGUGUCCUGGGUCAUCAGUAACUACCACCGGACUCAGAAGAGAGCGCAGGUCUACAGAGAGCUGUCCAGGCACCUCCAUGUGAACGUGUAUGGGAAAGCAAACAAGAAGCCACUGUGCCCAGACUGCCUCUUGCCGACUACCUCCAGGUACAAGUUCUACCUGGCCUUUGAGAACUCCAUCCACAAGGACUACAUCACUGAGAAGCUGUGGAGGAAUGCGCUGCUGGCCAGCACUGUGCCGGUAGUGCUGGGGCCCCCCCGAGCCAACUACGAGAAGUUCAUCCCCGCAGACUCAUUCAUCCACACCGAGGACUUCAGCUCCAUGAAGGAGCUGGCCAGCUUCUUGAAGACCAUGAAUUCCAGUCGUUACAGGGCAUUCUUCGAGUGGAGGAAGAGGUAUGGGGUGAAGCUCUACACAGACUGGCAAGAACGGUUCUGCGCCAUCUGCACCAGGUACCCCCGCCUGGCCCAGGGGCAAAUCUACCCUGACCUGGCGAGCUGGUUCAGUGCUUGAGAAGAUGGGGCUGGGCCAAGCUGAGGCUUUUCAGAGAUGUGUGACUUGUACAGAGAAGCCAGGCCGUCUGCGUCAGCAGAAAAGGAUGUCUGUGAGGGCUGGCUCGUCAAGUGGCUGGUGGGGUGACUGAGGGCACUGAGCAGGACCUGGGUCUGGGAGCUAGGAUCUCUGAAUACCAGUCCCAGCUCUGACACAGAUGUGCUGAGACCUGGUGCGUGUCGCUGGUACUCAGCUUCCCCAUCUAUAAAGGCUUGUACACUUACCUACCUCACAGGGGUGUUGUGAGGACUAACUGGUGCCUUGGAAAUAGACGGUGGGCGGGUUCUGCACUGGCAAGGGCAGGGCAGUGAGCUUUGCUGGGCUGGGAAAUUAGGAUUUGCCAGCCCUUGUCUAGGGAAUGUCAAAGAAAUGGCUAAUUGCUCCCCUUUGCCCCCUCAGGAAUAAAUGGGGCAGAGGAGCGAGGUCGGGGGGGAGGGGUAAAUGUGACCCCUGCUCUGCAUUACUAUAUUGCAGUGUUAGGGUGGGGCAGUUGGGGAGUGGCACCAGCAAGGAUAGCGAGAUCAAUGAACUCUCCCUGGGGUUCAAAUACCCUUCAGAUGCCAGCCAGACCUUGAGCUGCAGAAGGAAGGCCAGUCUCAUAGAAUCAUAGAAUAUCAGGGUUGGAAGGGACCUCAGGAGGUCAUCUAGUCCAACCCCCUGCUCAAAGCAGGACCAAUCCCCAAUUUUUGCCCCAGAUCCCUAAAUGGCCCCCUCAAGGAUUGAACUCACAACCUUGGGUUUAGCAGGCCAAUGCUCAAACCACUGAGUUAUCCCUCCCCCCAGUCUCUUCCUUGCACUCUCCUCUCUGGGAGGCGCUCAGAUGCUCCCCGGGUAACAGGCACCCAUAUAAGAAACUGGAUCGAUAGAAGAGGAAGGGACUCCAAUUUGUCUGUCCCUGCUGUGUAGUCCAUUUCCUCCCCGCGCCGGAGACCCUGCCAUUCAGGCAGUGGCAAGAGCAGGGGCGUCAGUCCCAAAGAGGUUUCCUGUCUUGCUUCUGCUUAGUCAGUCCCAGGUGCACUGCUUGGGGGGCACCCGCUGAGCCGGGGUGGUGGGUGCUGGCAAGGCACAAUGCUUUCUCAAGAGCAAUCACAGCCCGUUCAGUGCUGGGGACAAGUCAUUGGGGGAUGGCUGUGGUUUCUCACUCCUUUCUCGUAUUCUUUGUAUCUCUGGCAGGAAGCCGUUGAGUCUGGUUUCGCUCUGAUGUGAUGCUCCCUGCAGCAGGUACUGCCUGCCCAAGCCCUAUAUGCACCCAAGGAAGGGGUCACUUUACGGGAGGUGUCAUGCAAAUGAGCCGCAAGCAGCAGAUGCCCCCAGGCAACGAGUAGCACCCCUACUCACCCCGACCCCCCGCCCAGGGGUCAGCUUUGGUUAGUUUAGUACAAUAGUAGGGUUACCAGACAGCAACUGUGAAAAAAUAGGACAGGGGUGGGAGGUAAUAGGCGCCUAUAUAAGAAAAAGUCCCAAAAAAUGGGACUGUCCCUUUAAUAACGGGACAGAUGGUCACCCUAUACAACAGGAAAAUACAGCUGAGAUUUUCAAAGCCACCUGAUUUGAAUACUCCGUUCCCAUUAUGUUUCUACACGCCUCUGCCUCAGUCGGUGCACAGGACGGAUGGCGCUCAGCAAAUGAGCAGCUACUCAGCGUUGCAUUUUACCCUCAUUCAGCAUGAGGUCUGGUGUGAUACUUUCAAUGGAAUAAAAGGGCCCAGAGAGGCAAAAGUGUCAACCAGACCCUGUCCCUGCACAACACAAGACCGAUAAACACAGUUUGGGUUUGAGUACACAGACGCAUGACAACAGACACCACUAAAAGUACCUUCUAUUAAAGAUAGAGCAAAAGGAAAACCAGUUAAAGCCUUGCAAAUGUGAAGUACUCAGUAAGGCUUUCGUUGUAGGAGUAGCCAGAAGGUUCUCAAACUUUUCGUGCUGUGACCCCCUUUGAAAAUAUUUCAGGCUGUGAUGACCCUCAACCCCAAAAAGUGAUGAGCCCUCCACCAUCCCAUGCCGCCCUUAUUUCUGCGGUCAGAGCUCAGUGUGCGGCCAGCCACUCUCUCAACCCAGCUACAACAGUCUUGCAACCCCCUGUUGGGUCAGGACCUUGAGAAAUUCUGUUUGUGGAGUGUUUUCACCAGGAAACUCCCUCCUCCCCCAGGCUGAUAGUUUUGGAGACUGGAUUAAAGAUGGUAAUUUAUGCUCCUCUUUGGGGGGGAAAAAGAAGUUAGUGGAGAUAGGCAGGCGCUGCUGGUGGCAAAGUUUGAUUCUGCCUCCUUUAAGGAAAAAGGAAACAAAACACACACAGCAAAGGGACAGGGCAGAAAAGAACAGCAAAGACAGAAAACGCAGCUUCUCUGGUGCCCACUCUCACUUGCAAACUCACGGCUGGAGAAACACAGGGCCCUGUACCAUCUUUCUGCCACUCCAAGCCCCAGCAUGCUGGUUCCAGUGGCAGGCUGUUUAGGGCAUUGUUUUCAGCUGCCUCUCAGGUCACAGGCUCACAGCAGUUUGCAAAAGAGACAGCCUCAGCCCAGCCAAGUUGGACUUAUUAAACAGCAGGCAACAAGGAGAGUGCUAGGAAAGAGAGGUAAUAAGGUGGGGAAGGAAAGGGACACAAGGGAGGGGCUGCUAAUAGGAACCCAAGUCUUAACUUUCAGGUGGCAUUUGUCAGGACAGCUCUGGGGCUGGCUGAGGUGGACACAGGCUGGGGCAGACUGGCAGAACUCGCUGACAGUUAGGAAGGUAGCAAUAUGGAUUAGGAGCCUAUAUACCUGCCUCGCGAUCACCUGGUUAGGCCCUCGCUUGUGGAUUGGCUGGGACCUGGUUGACUGGCAUGGGUCUAUCAUAGGACUUGCAGGUAACAGAUGAUUCACCAGCUCUGGCUCAGGAAUGACUCAUCACAGUGUCCAGGAGUUAGCCAGAGCCAGAGGAGGUGGUGAUGUCAUCAGGUCCUUCUCUCUGGCCGGGUCUGGUCAGGCUAGCAAAGGCCCAGUGGUGUCACAGUGGACCCUGGGGUUCCAGGAGACCAUGCAGGUAGCAGCUGUGAUGGUGAAGCUUGCUCCUUUCAGUCCACCCAUCUCUCAGCCAUUUGAUCCUUUCCCCAGAGUUGUUUGUUUUUUUAAAGCACCCCAAAAGGGGGUGAUAGGCCUCAUGGCCCUUUCCCUCAUUAUUUUGUCCAAUUAGGCUCCAGCUUUCGCCCAUUAAUUUCUGGUUACAUUCUUACCAGGCAUGGCUUUAACACAGUCCGCAAGUGGGAUCAGGGGAGCUUUUCAUUUGGUCUAAACCACUUUUCGUCUUAACUUCUGCUGCCUUUUAUAUGCAAUUUUGUGUGAAAGGUUGAGUUGGACUUUUGCUGGUUUAGACGGCUUAGAGCAGGAUGGAGGGCUUCGCAACAGGCCACAGGCCUUAUUUCCUGCACACUCUUCAAACCCUGCUCUGAAGACAGAAUUAUUACAUUUCCUUAGGGGCUUUUCUAAGGCUCCCAUGGCAAAAGCACAGUGCUUCACAGACAUUAGUGCAUUUCCCUUCCCAAUGCUCCUGUUAGGGGAGGGAGCUGUUACCUGAACUGAGGCACAAUGAGAGAUGAUGGUCAGAAGUUUCUACUCAUUUGGGUACCCAAGCUGAGACUCUUAGGGCCUGGCUUUUCAGCAUAUUUAGCAGUUCUAUAGCACUUCAGAUGGGCAAAGCACAGCUCCUGGCGACUUCAGCUGCCACUGAGCGCAGUCAGCACUUCUGCAGUCACACCCCAGGGUCUCAAGGCAGGCAUCCGGAAAAUGAGCAACACACAAUUAGUCACCACCUGUGAAAAGUUUUGUGGCACUCUGCGUCACACAGAGCCUUUGUGGCAGAGAAAGGGAUGGAAUACAGUUCUCCAGGCCAGCAAUCAGCUGCCCUAUGCAUGAGACCGUCCUUUCUCUCCCUGCAAUACUCUGUCUGAUUCUCUGCAUGCUAUCCAAUUUCUGCAACAAAUGAGAAAGGGCUCCUAGGUCCAACAGUCUCCUUCACUACACACCCUGAGUCAUCUGCAGAGGAGCACCCAUCUUGUGUACUGAAUGAGGCAGAGGUCCUGUGGAAAAAUAAUGUGUGAGGAAGUUACUCAGGACUGUCUCAGAAUGCCUGUGCACAAGGAAAACGAAGGAAGGUUGCACAAGUAAUCUUCACUCUGGCAUUUUCUAACUUUUGAGUGCCUGAUUUAUUUAUUUUUUUAAUAUAGGCAAAGCCAUGUAUUUUUGUCCCUAAUCUCAUUCUCAGACAUGGCUGAAACCCUUUUUAGCUGACAGUUUCCAAAAAUAUUCAUGCUGAAACAGACACUUGGUAAACGUCAGCUCAAAUGGUUAGCGUUGGGCAUAGUUAUAAGCAACGAAAACAGGAUCUUAGAAGGGAAAGUGUUAGGCACCCCAGAGACAAUAGGCAGUGCUACCAGCUCCCCUUAUAAUAUUGCAAAAUUGUGUGGGAUCCCUCAAACAAAUAUAGUUCAGUACAGGGACACUGUGAUCAAACAUGGAGACACACUCCUUGGAUUUACGGUUGUCUGGGAGGGAGUGGGAUCUAGUGUUACAGCAAGAGGCUUGGCAUCAAAACGUGGGCUUGACUUCUGGCACAGGCAGGAAAUGUGAUCCACUUAUGGGCUCUGUGCCUCAGUUUACCUUUGUGUAAAACAGGGACAGCACCAGCCCUACAUCCCCAAGGGCUGGGGGGCUGGACUCAUUAAUGCUUGUAAAUGCUCCCAAAGGCUCAGAUGAAAGUUAUAUAAACUGGCUAGGCCUAUACUGCUGCAACUGUGCUGCUGUAGGGUGGAUGCUUCCUACAUUGUCAGGGUUUGUUCCGUCAGUGGAGUUAAUCCAGCCAGAGCAGGGUCAAUGGAAGAAUUGCUAACCAGGGCUACAGUGGAGUGUAGGUCGCCCUAACACCGUCGCACGGGGCGUGACAUUUUUCACCGCUCCGGGCAAUGGAGUGAGAUUGAGCUAAUUUUUAGGUGUAGACCACACAGGAGUUUGCCCUUCUAAAUUAUAUCUAAGAAAAUGGGGCAGGGGCAGGGUUUUAGGUAUUGUCUGAAGCUUCCCCAUAGACCAGCAAGAAGCAUAUUUCACUACGAUGCUCCACCUCCCCUCAUUCUGACCAGCUCUUGGGCUGCUCUAGCCCCUUUGAAUCCGUCUACGCUGCAGCUGGGAGGCGCGAUUCCCAGCCCGGGUGGGCAGACUGGUGCUGGCUCUGCUCCAGCUGGCGGGCUCAAGAUAGCAGGGUGGGUGGCAGCUUGGGCUAGCCCCCUGUACUCCUAAGUACAGGCCCUGGGGGACUUGGAUCUGGGCAGCUGGCUUGAGUAGCUGCUGGUGCAGCCACACUGCUCACUAGCUCAAGCUAGCGCGUGUCUGGCCACCCGUGCUGGGAAUCACCAUGCCCAGUUGCAGUGUGGGGGGUAUAACAGCCUAUGAGCCCGUGAGCCUGAGGGGACACGUAACAUCACAGGUAAAUAUACUCUCAGUGCUCCGGGAGGUGAUAAACGUCUCGAGGGAAGCUGUUGUGCUUAUCACAGGAGAGGAGUU